AAAACCCUAAACCAAACUCAUCUUCUUCAUCUACGGUUUGCUCUUCCUUCCUCAUCUCAAACUGAUCUCCUUCUGCUCUGCUCCUCCAACAAUGGCGGCUUCUUCAAUUUCCUUCACCCUUACUUCUCCAUUCCUCUCUUCUUCCAGGCUUCACCCCACCGCCAAAUCCCUCUCCUUCUCCUUCGCUCCUCCAUUCCCCAAAUCCUCUUCUCCUUUCCGGACCCUUUUCCCCAUUGCUUCCAAUUCCUCCUCUAAACCCUCAAUUCCAUCUCCCAUUGACUCCUCGAGUUCUUUCGCCGCCCCUUCGCUUGCCUUCAAUCCAACAUUGAAGUCCCGUCUCCGCAAUGGCGAAACCCUCUACGGUCUCUUCCUCCUCUCCUUCUCCCCCACUCUUGCCGAGAUCGCCGGUCUCUCCGGCUACGAUUUCGUCGUCGUCGACAUGGAGCACGGCUACGGCGGAAUCUCUGAUGCCCUCCCCUGUCUCCGCGCCCUCUCCGCCACUCAAACUCCAGCCAUUCUCCGCAUCCCCGAGAGCUCCGCCGCCUGGGCCAAAAAGGCCCUAGAUUUAGGACCGCAGGGUAUCAUGUUUCCAAUGAUCGAUUCGUCCAAAGAUGCGAAAAAAGCUGUUUCAUAUUGCAGAUUCCCACCCGCUGGAGUCCGUGGAUCGGCCCAUCCAGUGGUUAGAGCAUCGAAAUACGGCAUUGACGAAGGGUAUUUGACAAAUUACGAGGACGAAUUACUGAUUAUGUGUCAGAUUGAAUCGGAGCAAGCGGUGAAGAAGAUAGAUGACAUAAUGGAAGUGGAUGGGGUUGAUUGCAUUCAAAUGGGGCCAUUGGACAUGAGUGGAAGCAUGGGAUAUCUAUGGGACCCUGGACACAAGAAGGUUAGAGAAAUGAUGAGAAAGGCAGAAAAGGCUGUUUUGGAGAGCAAAAGUAAAAGUAAAAAUGGUGAGAAGGGAGCCUUCUUAUGUGGGUUUUCAAUGCCUCAUGAUGGGCCAAUUGACAUGAGGAAGCGUGGAUAUCAGAUGAUUUCUGGAGCUGUUGAUAUUGGUUUGUUUAGAACUGCUGCUGUUGAGGAUGUGAGGAAGUUUAGAAUGAGCGAAAUGGAAGACUCUGAGGAUUUGGAUCAGCCUCUUACUCACAAGGAAGAGGAUGAAGAAGAUAAGUACUGGAGCGAAUGAAGAAACUUAUCCUUCUUCACAAUAUGCUUUAUCUUUUUGCCUCUUUUCUUGUUCUUUCUAGUACAUAAGUAGAGCUUGGAAAUGCAAUUCUUGAUGUGGGUAUCCAUGAAUUGUGCUCAUAUAUGGUUAUGCACUUUCUAAUGCUUUCCAUUUUUGUUUGUACAGA